AUGAAGUUGAUUCCAUUCGUGUGUAGCUUUCUUUUCACAGCGGCUUUCGCGCUGCCGUCACCCUCUCCGGAUCCACAGGAUACGAAAACAUGCACCAACCCGCCUCUCCGCAAGGAAUGGCGUACCUUGUCGGACCAGGAAAAGUCAGAUUAUAUCACAGCUGUCAAGUGUUUGCAAGAACUACCAGCGGUUAGCACCAAUGCUGUUCCAGGCGCCGUAUCGAGGUACGACGACUUCGUGGGGCUACACGUUAGAGACGCAAAUACUAUCCAUUUUGUGGGACACACGCUCCCAUGGCAUAGAUACUUUGUUGCGGAAUACGAACGCGCAAUGAUCAAUGAAUGCAACUAUACUGGCGGUCAACCAUACUGGGACUUCACGCUCGACUCUGCAAGAGAAGAAGAUUUCCUCGCCUCUCCCAUCUUUGAUCCCGGCCCACUUGGUUUCGGCGGAAACGGUCCCUGGAUUGCCGAGAGUAUCGAUCCCUUCCCUCCCGCCCCGGGACGUACAGGUGGAGGAUGUGUUCAAGACGGCCCUUUCAAGGACUUGGUUGUACGCCUAGGACCGAGGGAGAACAUCCAAUCGAAUCCAAGAUGCCUGACGAGGGAUUUCAGCCCUUGGAUCGCUACUACAUUCUUGUCCGCCCAGUUGGUGAAGGAUACAUUGGACCAGACCACCUUUGGGUGGUUUGACGUCAAGGCACAGGGCAAGAUUCAGAAUGUCUAUACAUACAGAUAUCACGGUGGUGGCCAUCUUGCGAUUGGAGGAGAGCUCGGAACGCUGGCGGAUGUGUGGAGCAGUGCUGGUGAUCCACUAUUCUAUCUUCACCAUACCAACAUGGACCGCCUGUGGUGGGAAUGGCAGAAGAAGGAUCUUCCCGCCAGGUUGUACGAUAUCUCUAACCCGAUCUACCCAUUCGACUUCCCCUACGGAAACGCAACCUCAAGGGGUAAUGUUACCUUGGAAUUCGAAAUGCCCUUCCGCGAGAUUUCAAAGACCGUGACGAUUGGGGACACCAUGGAUAUUAUGGGAGAGACACUCUGUUAUGAUUACGCACCAUCACCCGAGAAGAGCUGGUAG